CCCCGCCGGGAUGUGCGAGAGCUACUCGCGGUGGCUGCUGCGCGUGUCGGUGGCGCAGAUCUGCCAGGCGCUGGGCUGGGACUCGGUGCAGCUCUCGGCCUGCGACCUGCUCACCGACGUGCUGCAGCGAUACCUGCAGCGCCUGGGCCGCGGCUGCCACCGCUACUGCGAGCUCUAUGGCCGCACAGAUCCAAUUUUGGAUGAUGUAGGUGAUGCUUUCCAACUCAUGGGAAUUAACCUGCAUGAGCUUGAAGAUUAUAUACACAAUAUUGAACCUGUCACAUUUGCACAUCAAAUCCCUUCGUUUCCUGUCAGCAAGAACAAUGUCCUACAGUUUCCCCAGCCUGGAAGUAAAGAUGCAGAAGAAAGGAAAGAGUACAUUCCUGAUUACAUGCCACCCAUUGUCUCAUCUCAAGAAGAGGAGGAAGAGGAACAGGUCCCCACUGAUGGAGGUACAUCAGCAGAAGCCAUGCAGGUUCCCCUGGAAGAAGAAGGAGAUAUGGAAGAAGAUGAGACUGUUAAUGAUGAAAAUUUCAUGGGCAAGAGACCAUUGGAAAGUCCCGAUACUGAGGAAAUGCCUGCUGUGAAACGACCAAAACUAGCUCUCACUAAAGCGGAUGCCCUGGAUGGAGUUUUGGAACCACGUGAACCUCUUAGUUCAAUAAACACUCAAAAAGUGCCACCAAUGCUGUCUCCAGUUCACGUUCAGGACAGUACAGACUUAGCCCCUCCAUCACCAGAACCUCCAAUGUUGGCUCCCAUUGCAAAAUCACAAAUGCUUACCCCCAAAACAUUAGAAACAAAACCAUUUGUGCCCAAGGCAAAGGUUAAAACUGGUUCUCCAGGACAGAAAACAAAAUCGCCUAAAGCUACUCCAUCACCAGUCAUUACCGGAAGUCCCCUACGUUCACCAAAACCUGGAUCCAAAGAGAAAAAGUCACCAGGUCGUGCCAAGAGCCCCAAAAGUCCUAAAAGUCCAAAGGUUCCUGCUCACAUUUCUCCAGCAGCAGUCAAACCUGAAACACCAAGCAGAACCCCCCUUGCUGCAUUAAGUGAAAAGAUGGGAAAAGAGAACAUCCAAGUAAAACAAGGGCAAACACCACCUGAGCCUGGGAAACCAAACAGUGAAAAUCAGAUGAAGAAAGUACCAGUGAUGGACAAGACCAUUGAUGAUUCAAUUGAUGCAGUUAUUGCCCGUGCAUGUGCAGAACGUGAACCUGAUCCAUUUGAGUUUUCCUCUGGUUCAGAAUCAGAGGGAGAAAUGUUUACCAGUCCUAAAAGACUUUCUAUUUCAGAGACCACAGCCCCUAAAGCUUCCGUUUCUGCCAACAAUUUAAAUAAAAUAGGAGCAACCCCACUGCCUCUCUCAGGAGGCACGUCAAGUUCAGACAUUUCAUGGACAAUGGAUGACUCAAUUGAUGAGGUCAUUCGAAAGGCAAACAUGGGGACACCGUCUAACCCGCCUACCAGUUUCCCUUAUUUCUCCUCUCCUUCUGCUUCGCCACCAACACCAGAACCUCUUCUCAAAGUCUAUGAGGAGAAAACCAAACUGGCUUCAUCAGUAGAAGUGAAAAAGAAACUGAAAAAAGAGCUAAGGACAAAACUAAAGAAAAAAGAAAAGCAGAAAGACAAAGAGAAAAAUAAAGAGAAAAGCAAAGAUAAGGAUAAAAACAAGGAGAAGGAUAAAGACAAAGAAGGGAACAAGGAAGCAAAGUUUCCGUGGAAGGAGCUGCUUAGAGAUGAUGAUCUUGAUCCCUAUAAGUUCAAAUUAAAGGACUUUGAGGAAGCUGACACAAAAAUGAAGUUGAAAGAUGGCAACACCAAAAAAGAGAGAGAGAAGCAUAAAGAUAAGAAGAAAGAUAAAGAAAAAGGCAAAAAAGACAAAGAUAAGAAAGACAAAGAGAAGCUUAAAGAUAAAGGUAAGGAAGAUAAGAUAAAGGCUCCCUCAGCACCUCUUGCAUUACCUCCCAAAGAAGUGGCUUUGCCCUUGUUCAGCACCCCUGCUGCCAUGAGACUUCCAACCAUGUUGCCCUCGUUGUCCCCAAUGCUCCCUGAAAAACUGUUCGAGGAAAAAGAGAAGCCUAAAGAGAAGAAGAAAGACAAAAAAGAGAAGAAGAAAAAGAAAGAGAGGGAGAAGGACAAAGAAAAGGAAAAGAAAGAGAAGGAAAAAGAGAGGAAGGAGAGAGAAAAGAAAGAAAAAGAGAAAGAAAAACACAAACAUGAAAAAAUAAAGGUGGAACCAGUUGUUCCAGCUUCAUCACCAGUUAUUCCCAGACUGACACUGAGAGUGGGUGCUGGCCAAGACAAAAUAGUCAUCAGCAAAGUGGUGUCAGCUCCGGAGGCUAAACCCUCUACUCCCGUGAAUCGUCCUAAAACACCUCCACCUGCACCAUCUCCGGUACCAGCUCCUGUCCAUGUGACCCCUCCUCCUGCUCCAGCUCCUCCUCCACCACCACCACCUGCUGUCCAGCCAGCUCUGAUACCACCCCCUUCUCCUGCCGUCUCGGCUGCAGGAGGUUCCAAAGCACCAGUUCGGAGUGUGGUAACGGAGACUGUCAGUACUUACGUGAUCCGAGAUGAAUGGGGUAACCAGAUCUGGAUCUGUCCUGGCUGUAACAAACCAGAUGAUGGCAGUCCAAUGAUAGGCUGUGAUGAUUGUGAUGAUUGGUAUCACUGGCCUUGUGUUGGAAUUACAACUGAACCUCCAGAAGAAACACAGUGGUUCUGUUCUAAAUGUGCCAACAAAAAGAAAGAUAAAAAACACAAGAAGCGGAAGCACAGAGCACAUUGAAGACGUUGCAUGGAUUUAAGUCAUACGGUCACUUCAGCACUUCUGCCCUGACUCCUUUGUAGAGGGAUUCAGUGUGCUUCUGUCUCAUCAUCCGUCAUCAGGUUUUAUGGAUUAUGACUCAAGUGAAUCAGGAAC